UUUGAAAGCUUGUUCCUGAUUCACCCUCACACUUCAGCCCAGCCCUGGAAAUUUUCCUCUGCCAGGCAAAACCUUCAUGAGAGGAGMGCAAAGAUGAAAGUGUGUGCUCCUCUCACUGUUGUCCUGGCUCUGACUCUGAGCAGUGAUGGUGCAAGGAUGCACUACAAAACUGGGGCAGGAAGAGGCUCAAAUCAUGGGUUCACUCGCUCACAAGUGKUUACAGAGGAUGGACAUUUAUGCAAAUUUCCUUUCCGGUUCGGUGGAAGGUUUCAUCACACAUGUUUGUCAAAUUCAUUUUCCAGAAAGAAAUGGUGCUCAACAACACAUAACUUUGACCGGGACAGGCGCUGGGGACACUGUUCUCUGCCGCCCAGAGAGCACUCAGAUCUCUGUGCAGACAACCCCUGCCAAAACGGAGGGACCUGUUCUCUCAGYCACAACCACAGGAUGUACCACUGCACCUGUCCUGAGGAAUUCACGGGCGAGGACUGUCAGCUCAGGAAAUGUUUUGACAACAGCCUCUACGAGUUCUUUGAUGUGGGUGUGAGCUGGUCAAGAGUCCAACGAGGAGUGGUGGAGCAGUGCACGUGUGUGAACGGCCAGAUGGAGUGUGGGCGUGUGGCACACAAAAGUUGUCUUCAUGAUCCUUGCAUGAAUGGUGGAGAGUGUAAAAUGGUUACCUCCACUGGGAAAAUAGUAUGUGAUUGCAAAGAAAAUUAUGUAGGAAAGUACUGCAAUAUUGUCCCCAGCCACCGGUGCUACGUUGGCAAUGGCACAGAUUACAGAGGCACAGCCAAAACAGCCAUUUCUGGACACAGCUGCCUGCCUUGGAACUCAGACCUGCUUUACCAAGAGCUUCAYGUGGACAGCCUUGAGAAAGCUGUGCAGCUCGGCUUGGGGCCCUUCCCUUAUUGCAGGAAUCCAGAUGAUGAUGAUAAGCCAUGGUGUUACAUCAUGAAGGACAACAGUUUGUCUUGGGCGUACUGUGACAUUCCAGUUUGUGCAAGAAGGGAAAGGAAGCCACCAGUUCCAGACAAAGUAGAUCAUCCUGUAAGUACCAAAAGACCAUGUGGAAGAAGACAUAAAAAAAGGAGUUUUGUGAGACCUAGAAUUGUUGGAGGAUCUUCAUCUCUGCCUGGAUCUCAUCCCUGGACAGCAGCUAUAUAUAUUGGAGAGAGUUUCUGUGGUGGAAGCCUGGUUCAGACUUGCUGGGUUGUGUCAGCAGCACACUGCUUUGCCAACAGUCCCCUAAAAUCCACUAUUAGAGUAGUUCUGGGUCAACAAAUAUUUAAUAAAACGACUGAUGUAACACAGACAUUUGAAAUAGAGAAAUACAUCUUGCAUCCUCAGUAUUCCGUGUUCAAUCCUACUGAGCAUGAUAUUGUUUUGAUUAAGCUGAAGAAGAAUGGCCAACGUUGUGCUGUCAAGUCCCAGUUCGUUCAGCCCAUCUGCCUGCCAGAAAGUAACACUGUUUUCCCUGACCAGUUGAAAUGUCAGAUUUCUGGAUGGGGACACAGGCAUGAGAAUAUAUCUGGCUAUUCAGAGGUCUUGCAGGAAUCACUGGUUCCACUUAUUCCUGAGCAGAAGUGCAGAAGUCCUGAAAUUUAUGGAACAGAACUCACAGAAAAUAUGUUCUGUGCUGGCUACUUCGAUAGCAAAUCUGAUGCUUGUCAGGGAGAUUCUGGUGGACCUCUGGCAUGUGAGAAGGAUGACAUCUCUUACCUCUAUGGAAUUAUCAGCUGGGGAGAUGGCUGUGGCAGAGUCAACAAACCUGGAGUAUACACACGAGUGACAAACUAUGUAAAGUGGAUUAAUGAGAAAAUAACCCCCCGAAAAACUAGAUGAAUAGUUAAACAUUUGAAGCAGGUUUCAGGAGUCUUUUUGUUUUACUAAAGUGGCAUAAAUAUUUUAUUGUAAGCUGGCAUGAAAACUGUCAUGGUAAUUCUUAGCAAUUCCAAGCCAGACUACCAAAAACAGGCCUUGCUCCAUCUGACAUCAGCUGCCUUGAUCCAGAGUUCUAGGGCUGUGGAUUGCUCUGCAUACACAACUGUCUUUAUUGUCUUAAUAAAAAAUCCCAAACAUGCCAAGAGACUGAACAAAAAUCUACAACUCUCUGUCUGCUUGGUGGAUUACAUAAAAAGUGAUUUUUUUAYGGUUUCUGGCAGAGCUGUCAUACCCCAAACCAACAUGUAACAACAUUGUCCUUGCAUUCUUGAAAUAAAAAAAUAAACAGGAAGACAAAAAAUUAAAUUCUCUCUCCCUGAGAAAUGAUCCCUUGGAGCUCAGGUUCAAGAGCACCAAUAGAACAACGUAGGUGAAGCUGCCCCUCAGCUAAUGGCAACAAACCAGUUCUGGGGAAAGAAACCAGAGGGUUUAGGUUUUGUUUCAAUCAAAAACGUAAGCAUAUUUUUAUAUAAACAUAUUUCUGUGUUCCACUGACGUAAAAUCAGGAAUGAGCCUGAKCUCUACUGAAUUUGGUGUGCAAGUUUCCAGCAAGGUUGAUGCAACAYCUCCUCAGAGCUCAAAGUUUUUUCCUGAAAAAUAUUGGAAGUUGGAGCAGCUGAUUUAGGUUGAUACAACCAGGACCUUUUGCAGACUGUGAUCUGCUCUUGGCCCUGAGGAUAGCAAUGGAAAUCUUCACCUUGAUGAUAAAUCCCUAAACAUUUCUUUAAUUUGACAGUGUUUUGAAGAUGUCUUCGAUUUUGUACUAACARGUUGUUCAACUAUUUAGAUAAUUCAGAAAGGAGGUUUUUUGUAACAGAUUUUUCAACUGGGUGGCUGGGGGUGCAGCUUGACGUGUUCCUUGGGGAUUURGUGAUAAUAAAUGUGAUCAUAAACCACAGGCUUUACUGUCAUGGUCUAUGAAAUUGUUAUGGGAACCAUCAAUUAAUUAUUACAAUACAYAGAGGCUGUAUUAGCAAAAACAGGCAGAAAAUGAUCCAACCAAAAAACAAGUCUGACAAAGAAGAAUGGAAAAUUCUCCUUUUUUUCUAUUACAGGGAGCCUUUAGCCAUGUCAGAUGUGUACAUUUGAAGUGUUGAUGUGAAAGGUAUUUCUUCUCUUGUAGUGAACUUUUAUGAACUUCCUUAAGUGUUUCAAGAAAAGUUGUGUUUUAAGAUAAUAGAAUUUUAAAGUGGUGCCUAGAUAUUCAGAUGUGUGUUUUGUUUUAUAGUAYUGGCAGUGUCCUCACGUGUUUCUUAGUAGUGGUGAAUGAUAUCUGCAGUUAAAAAUAUUUCUUAGGGAAAAAUAACCAAAACCUGAAUUUGUGUAAGUACAAAUAUACAACAAUGCUAAUCUAGGUAAAUGAUGUAAACUGUUUAAUAAAAACAUUUACCCCUGUUUCUUGGACUUAGUCUGUUAAGUAUAAAGUUCCAGUAAAAUCUUUUAGUCCCUCUAUWGGUUGUUGUACAGGUUGAGAGCUGGUAAAAGGGUGAAAUAACUCUUUGUGCUGGAAAGCAUCCGAAAAAUCUCCCCAUAAGGACCAAUUUCAGCUGGGGGUGCUCCCAGUUUCAUGCAAGUGUCACACACAUUUCCAGUAGACAGAUGUAAGCACCUGGAUCUGUUUUUCAGCUAUGAAUACUGUGAGUUCUAMGAUCAAAGCCUUUAGUUUGUUUUUUUCAGGCACUAAACGCUAGCUUGAAAAACUGAAAAUCCACCUCUGGGAUCUCAAUUCCAAAACAAGCUGAAGAUUCYUUGUUGUCUGGCUCUGCCUCUCUGGCCAUUUGCAGUACAAGUCUGGCUUGCUCAAUGCCCUGAACUGAAUGUGACCGUGUAACAAGACCAACUGUACCUGCUGCUGAAAGAUGAGUACUGCACCAGCAGGAAKGAAUGAUUUGCUCUUCUUUGGUAGGGAUGCAUCAGGAACAGGUUUCCACUCAAAGAUGAAGCCAUUCUGAGUAUCUGUAUCUGUUCUGUGACUUCAGUUUCACUUUGAAAUGAAUGUCCAUCCACACUGUCCACACUUUUGUGUUGUAUCUAUCGUCUUGUUCUUCUCUUGCACUCAGGAAGGUGGUUGUUUGAUAAGAAAGGU